AGAAGGAUCCGGGGCUCCGAACUCGCUUGUGGACGAGUAAGUCUGAUUCGCCCUCGGCUCUGCCGGAAGCGGCACAGUUUGACUUACUAGUCCGUCGGUCCUCGACGGGGCAGCCCUCUCCCUCCCGACCCUCUCCGCCUCCCUUCUGCCCCUUCAUUCGAAGGCCGAAGCCCGCAGCCUGGGCGGGGCGGCGCAGCCGGAGCUCCUGGACCCGGAAGAAGCGCCAUCUCCCGCCUCUGCCAUGGAGCCCACCGCGCCGUCCCUCACCGAGGAGGACCUGACUGAAGUGAAGAAGGACGCUUUAGAAAAUUUGCGUGUAUACCUGUGUGAAAAAAUCAUAGCUGAGAGACAUUUUGAUCAUCUACGAGCAAAAAAAAUACUCAGUAGAGAAGACACUGAAGAAAUUUCUUGCCGAACAUCAAGUAGAAAAAGGGCUGGGAAACUGUUAGACUAUUUACAAGAAAACCCCAAAGGACUGGAUACCCUGGUUGAAUCUAUUCGACGAGAAAAAACACAGAACUUCCUUAUACAGAAGAUUACAGAUGAAGUGCUGAAACUUAGGAAUAUAAAACUAGAGCAUCUGAAAGGACUGAAAUGUAGCAGCUGUGAGCCUUUUCCUGAUGGAGCCACGAAUAACCUUUCUAGAUCAAAUUCGGAUGAGAGUAAUUUCUCUGAGAAACUGAGAGCAUCCACCAUCAUGUAUCACCCAGAAGGAGAAUCCAGCACGGCCCCCUUUUUUUCUACCGAUUCUUCUCUGAAUUUGCCUGUUCUAGAAGUAGGCAGAACUGAAAAUCCCACCUUCUCUUCAACUACACUUCCGAGACCUGGGGACCCUGGGGCUCCUCCUUUGCCUCCAGAGCUGCAGUUAGAAGAAGAAGGAAACUCUAGUGAGAUGUUUCUUCCCUUACGAUCACGGGCUGUUUUGCGGCAAUGACAGUUUACUGCCUUUUAUUUUUUUUUUAAUGAUGACAAAAAAUAUUGAAAAGGAUAUGAAUCAUAAAAUUGCUACAGUGACUUACUAAUAUUGAUACAUGUUUUAUAAAAUGCAACAUAAACAUACUUUGUAAAUAGAAUUUUCUAGAAUAAAAAGCAUAUUUUUAGA